AAAUAAAAAGAACCUCUAACAGGACAAAGGCAUUUCAUUUCCCACAUGUCUGGACAAAGCUGUAUAGGCUACAAUGACCACAUCACUGCAGUCCAGUUCCUGGAGCUCAAACGUUCAUCAUCUAUGGACCUGGACCAGCACAUAUUUGGAAACAGAUCCAUAAUUUUCAGCAAUGGAUGGUCUUAACUUCUCAGAAUUAUUCAGGAACCUCGGAGGAUCACUAAUAGAGAAAAGUGAAGACUAAGAUGUAAUUUUAGUCUGCGAAAGGUUUGAAAUGACGUAAACUGCAUACAAUCCAAGGAGUGGAAAUUCUGGAUGACAACUCAAAAUGUUUGUAAAGUGUAUGCAGCAUGACAUUUCUCUAUGCAGCAUUUAAAACAGUCAAAAAAGCUAAACAUCAGUUCCAACUGAAAUCAAGAGGCCCUAAAUCUGGGUUUUACUAUUAUUUUCUGUGUAGAAGAAAACUACUUGAUGUAAUGCAAAUGUAAGAAAUGUGUUAUAGGUUCAUGUAGACGUGGCUGCAUGAUGUCUAAAUGAAUCUAAUAAUAAUUUAUUCUGUAAAUAAGCAAUAAUGAUUGAAUCGGAUGUUCUUUUGUUGCCUCUAUGGGUCUGUGGACAUCUGACAGACAUAUUAACUUCAGUGUGCAUUGGUAUCUAUUUGCUUUUGUAAUAAAACAAUUUACAAUAUAAUAUUGAAGUUACUUUUUUUUUUUUUAUAAUACAGUUACUAUGUUUUCCCAUUUACUCUGACAGCUCUCCUGAGACGGUCCCCAUACUGAGAGUUGAGUGCGCUGUGAAAACAGGAUGGUUACUGUAGUUAAAUGUGAACGUGCAUUUAUAUCUCACUUGCACAAAAACAAUAAAAACAUUUAAAUGCAAUCUCAGAAUAUGAUGCAAACCUGCAAUAAUUAAAUGUCAAAUAAUACAAAUAUCCUUUUUCUGUAUGUAUUUACUACCAUUUAAUUAACCAAUGUCUUUGCUGCUGACCUUUGAUGAUCCAAUUCAACCAUACUAAUAAGCAAAAAUUAUUUCGGGUUAGAAUUUUUUUUUUAUUUAUUUAUUAUUUAUUGCUUAAGAGUGCUGAACUUUCUUCCUUCAUCUUAUUCUUCAUAAAAGUGUAAAUCAUGAUUAAAUGUUUUUUUUUCAACUAAAUAAUUUUUUUACCAUUUGUACCAUUUGUCUACAUUUGAAUAAUUUUUUCUCUUUACUUUACACACACACACACACACACAAUCUCUAUUUUUUUUUUUUUUAAUUUUUAUUAAAUGGGGCGAACGUGUCUGGAGCGGUCGAAUGUGGCAUUUUGUAAAGCGUAGUUAUUAAUGCACAAUCAAUUCAUAUUAGGUGUUGCCAAGUAAUAUAGUGGAACUGCUGUUUGUCCCGAGUAAACCCAUUCAACAGCGCGAGGUAGUUUGAAACUAUUGAGAGCUCCAUGAACCACGUGACCGCAUGGCGGCGAGAUCAAAGCAUGGCUCAACACGUCACUUAGUUACAAUGUUGAUAGCAACCAAGCGUACGGAAUGGCCAAAUAUUCGAGGAUUCACUGAGGGUUUGAAUCCAAGGGAAAACAUGGACGAUCACUCCGCAGAUGAAGGAACAAGAAUGGAGCCUGAACCAUUGUCUAAUACAACUGAAAUAAAGACGAGCGAUGUGUAUAAAGUGGAUAAAAACUUGCCAGCUCGCUUUAAUAAUCCGGAGGGUUUCAGAGGAUACAGGCAAAAAAUGAGCAACCCUUUAUACCAAACAACAAAUCAAACAUAUGGAAGCAAAAAACCAACAGUUCAUGAAAUGCCGACGAGCUUCAGCGGAAGUCGUCGGAAGUUUUCUGAGCAUCUUCUGAGAAGUGGCAUGUACAAGGAUAACGGCUUCAACACGGCGGUGGACAAGAGCCGACUCACUGGACCCGAUGCAACCACUGCGUUUCACGACAGAAUCAAUUUCCAUUACUUAUACCACACAGAUGGGAAAUCUCAGUAGAUACAAUCUCCAUUUUGUAUCUACAGUAAUAAACAAGUCAAGCUAAAUUGUGAUACUGACGCUAGUAAUUUUUUGCUUGUCAUCACUUUCUGUUUUUGGGAUGUUUACAAGGAUAGUUACUUCCCUGCAUGUUGUUCCAAACCUACAGUAUAUGACUUUCUUCUGUGAAACAUAAAAGAUAUUUUGUU